AUGCUGUUCCUUGAGGAGAUCGCCACGCCUGACGAGAUGGAGCACAAUGAACAAUCACCGGACCAGCAUUACAAUGCCGGGGAUGAUCAGAUCACGGACGAGGAGGAUGAGCACGCGCCGCCUGUGACACCUCAGGCACUGCGUCUGUCGGCGGAGAGCGAGCGAGAGCGUGAGAGACGUCGGUUAGAGCGCAUCGUUUUGAAAGUCCUCGAUCUAGGAUUUGACUACCGCCAAGAGGUUCUCCAGGCUGCUAGUGUUCAGGCUGCUUUGAAGGCACAGUCUUGGUGGAAACACACAGAACAGAUAACACAUGUUGCUAGAGAAGUCCUGCAUGAAUUUUUGUGA